AUGAGAUCGCUCACGCUCCCUUGCCUCCUGGUCGCACUCAUUCUCGUGCUCCCUGUUGGAGCUCGGUGCUGCUCCUACAUAUCACGCAUUCGAGUGGCAGAACUGCGCGGGGGUCAGGAAGUGAGUGGCGAGAAGAGGAGGCAGGUAGAGAGUAGACCCGUCAAGGACAGGAAGAGCCAUGCUUCCGUCAAGAAACCUCUCAAGAACCUUCGAUUGCAAGCUCUGUUUCACGCCGCACGCAAUGGCAACGCAACAGCGCAGUAUGAGCUGGGGAUGCUUCAGAUCCAGUGGCUGGAGAGGACCAGGCCUGAGAGUCGCUCCAUCGUCUGUGCGAGAGCCGUCAAGUGGGUUCAACGAGCAGCGGAGGGAGGCUGCAUGGCGGCAGAGGAGACCUUGGCUUUGUGGACACUAGAAGGAAGCCAUGGAGUGCCGAAGAAUCAACGGAAAGGAUUUGAGCAUAUGCUCGCGUUGGCUCACAGGGGUUCCUUUCUCUGCAUGCGGAGGGCUGGGUACUGCCUGGACGAGGGCGUCGGCGUCGAUCGAAACCGAACGGAGGGCAUCCGGUGGUACCGACGAUCUGCCGAAGAGGGAGACGACCCCGCCGCCAUGUACAACCUCGGCGUCUGCUACUACUAUGGGCAUGGAGUCCCCAAGAACGCGUGCGAAUGGCUGAGAAAGGCAGCGCUGUGGGGCAGAGACGAGUGGGUGCAGGUGAAGGAGGGAGCGGGAGAGCUGAGAGAGAAGAAACUGAGAGUGAAGGAAGAAACUGAGAGAGAAGGAAGAAAGAAAGCGAUAGGGAGAAUUGAGACAGCAAAAGACCAGCUGGUGCACGAUAGCAACAAUGACGAGGGCAAGGAGAAGGUGAACGAAUACGCGAGUCAAUUGAAGUCUCUUGGGUACGCGAAGGCUCAGUUCAUGCUCGGCAUAUGCUACCUGAAUGGAGAAGGAGUUGAAGUGGACCACGAGACGGGAAUUGAGCUGCUUUCAUAUGCGGGCGAGCAGAACCACACGGACUCGCUGCAUCUGCUAGGAACGUGCUUCUAUGAGGGCCUCGCUCUCGACGAACCCGACUACCUUCAAGCCUUCACGUGCUGGAGCAAGGCCGCGAGCCUCGGCUGCCUCAAGUCCAAGCACAGGAUAGCUAUGUGCUACAGCGAAGGCAAAGGAGUCAAGCAAAACGAAAGGAAAUGUGCAGCUCUGCUACUAGAGAACGCAGGGUGCGGUUGGAAUGAGUCGCUCAAGGUGAAGGCAGGAGGAGGAGGCUUGUGCUACAUCGAAGCCAAGGGUGUGAAGAGAGAUGAAGAGAAAGGGCUAGACCUCUACAUGCAAGCGACUGGAGUGAGCAUGGCGCAGGUUUUGGACCUAGCAGAGAGUGACGGCGGUGACGUCGAGUGUGUGCAGGCUCAGUAUGAGAUUGGACGGAGGUUCCUCAAGGCAGAAGGAUGGCUCAAGACGCCAAACGAAGAGCGAGCUGUGUCAUGGCUGGCACGAGCAGCAGACGAGCAGCACCUGGAGGCCAUGGUUCUUCUUGCUCCUCUCCUCAUGGACGGUAGCAAGGGAGGUGCAGCGUUAGGCUUGAGGAACGUGUCUCGAGGAGUGAGCUUGAUAGCUCAUGCUGCUGAGAGCGGGCAUGCAGGGGCUCAGCUGGCCUUGGGAGACUAUUACCACAAGGGCUUCCAUCGCUUCCACAAGGAUCUCAACCUGCUAAAGUCCAGCUGGCAGGCGACCACGUGGUGGUCGAGGGCAGCGAGUCAAGGGAACGAGGAGGCGAAAGUUGGUCUCGUUGCUGACAGUGCGGGAGCUGACGGGACGCAGACGAGGCUGGGGAAGCUCUAUGCCCGCAAAGGCAACGUCGUGUUUGCUCGACGGCUACUUGGCAGCCAAGACAUGCGAGAAAAGGGGGAGGCGGUGCUGCUGCUACAACGGGCAGCUCUGACAGGAGAAGCUGAAGCGAUGUACGAGUACGGUCGCCUCCACCUCGAUGGGAACCUGGUGAGGCCACAACAGAUGCAUGUUUGCCUAUCGUUAACCAUGAGGAAGAUGCAUAGGAGCGCGGAGACAGCAUACCGAUGGUUGCGGGGAGCCGCUAAGAAAGGGAACACAGAUGCGAUGUUUGCAGUUUCUCGCAUGCUGAUGGAGGGGGAGGGGGUGGAGAAGCGAGAGAGGAGAGGACGUCAGUGGCUCACAAUGGCUGCUAAACGCGGCCAUGCCCGCGCCAUGUUCAACCUCCACCUCCUCCUGCGUGGUGAUGGCAGAGGCGACCCACAAGAACUUCGAGAGGCGAACGUCUGGCUCGAGCGAGCAGCGAGUGCUGGGCAUCCCAAGGCACAGCUCUCUCUUGCUGUCAACUGGAUGCAACAGGAGAACAACAGCACGGGGGGAACGCAAAGCGAGAGGAUGCAGGACGCCAUCAAGCUCCUUCAGAGCGCAGCAGCAAGCGGAUAUCAGCCUGCUCGAGCUCUUCUCAUGCGAGCAAGACAUUAA